AUGCAUGCAUGUUGAUUCAACCACACCCAAUAAAUACUUUGCAAUCUCCAUAAUCUCAACCAAAGCUAGUGCAAUAACCAGCCGUCGAAAUGUUUCCCUUGUUGCCUUGCUUUCUCUAUUCCCUUGCUUUCAUUCUCACAUUCAAGCUUUUAUUCCAAAGAAGAAAAUACAAAAACCUGCCACCAGGUCCACCUCCUCUUCCCAUAAUCGGAAACCUCAACCUCCUCGAAAACCCUCUCCACCGUUUUUUCCAACGCAUGUCAAAAACACACGGCAACAUCUUUUCUCUCUGGUUCGGUUCCCGUCUCGCUGUCGUCAUUGCAUCGCCCUCCGCCUUCCAAGAAUGCUUCACCAAAAAUGACGUCGUCUUGGCAAACCGGCCUCGCUCCCUCUCCGGAAAGCACAUCUUCUACAACUACACCACCGUAGGGUCCUCCUCCUACGGUGAGCACUGGCGCAACCUCCGCCGCAUAAUCGCCCUCGACGUUCUCUCAACUCAACGCAUCCACUCCUUCACCGGAAUCCGAAAGGACGAAACAGAAAGGUUGAUACGUAUCUUGGCCAAGGACUCGUGCAUGGACUAUGCACACGUGGAGCUAGGUUCCAUGUUCCAUGACCUGACCUACAACAACAUGAUGAGGAUGAUAUCGGGGAAGAGGUACUACGGUGAUGAGAGUCAGAUAAAGGACGUGGAAGAAGCGAAGGAGUUCAGAGAGACGGUGGCGGAGAUGCUGCAACUCACGGGGGUGUCCAACAAGUCAGAUUACUUGCCAUUCCUUCGGUGGUUCGAUUUUCAGAACUUGGAGAAGAAGCUCAAGAGUAUUCAUAAGAGGUUUGACACGUUUUUGGAUAAACUCAUUCACGAGCAACGCAGCAAGAAGAAGCAGAGAGAGAAUACCAUGAUUGACCAUCUUCUAAAUCUGCAAGAGUCACAGCCGGAGUAUUAUACUGAUAAGAUAAUCAAAGGGCUUAUUUUGGCUAUGCUUUUUGCUGGAACAGAUUCGUCAGCUGUAACUUUAGAGUGGUCAUUAUCUAAUUUAUUAAAUCACCCAAAAGUAUUGAUGAAAGUAAGAGAUGAAUUAGACACUCAAGUAGGUCAAGAACGCUUAGUAAAUGAGUCAGACCUUCCAAAUUUGCCUUACCUUAGGAAGAUUAUCCUUGAGACACUUAGGUUAUACCCUCAUGCUCCACUUGCAAUACCACACGUGUCCUUAGAUGACAUCACUAUUAAAGAAUUCAACAUUCCACGAGACACCAUAGUGAUGGUUAAUAUUUGGGCUAUGCAAAGAGACCCUCUAUUGUGGAAUGAACCCACAUGUUUUAAACCAGAGAGAUUUGAUGAAGAGGGAUUGGAGAAAAAGUUGGUUUCAUUUGGGAUGGGAAGAAGGGCUUGUCCAGGAGAAACUCUGGCUAUGCAGAAUGUUGGCUUGACUUUGGGAUUAUUAAUUCAAUGCUAUGACUGGAAACGAGUAAGUGAGGAAGAAGUUGACAUGACAGAGGCAAAUUGGUUCACUUUGUCAAGGUUAAUUCCAUUGAAGGCCAUGUGUAAAGCCCGACCACUCAUCAACAAGAUUAAUUUGAAAUAAAAAAUAUUGUAUUUAUUUGUGUUGUAUUUGGAUCUUCGAUGAAGUGUAAUAUUUAAUUUUCAGUAUUUAAUUAGUGGUGCCCGUAUAUACAAA